UCUCCAAGUUACAUUGGGAUAGGUUGCGUUUAAUGUUUAACUAAAUAAAUAAAAGCAAUUAUAGCUUUUAGUAUACGUGGUGCCUUCUCGUUUGUUAGUCUUCACUUGGAUCUUCAAUGGACGAAGAUAUAAUCUAACCAUUGCCGCUGUGUAACGAACCAAACAUUAGGAGAAUACAAAACAAUGUCGCGAUCUUGAUAUAACAAAGUGAUUCAUUACCUUUAUACCUUGUAAUUGACUUACUUUUUUAAAUAUAUCGAUUAAAAUGCAGUUUGUAUUAUGGGUUCUGAUGUGGAAGCACUUAAUUGUCCGCAUGAAAAGAUUCAUCCAGACACCUCUAGAACUAUUUUCACCGCUGGUUGUAUUUAUCAUACUGUAUAUAUUUAAAGAUAAAUUAAACCCAGUGAAUAAACAUCGAAGCGUUGAGGGUUUUACGAUUCACGAGACGGAUGUAAUUCCCCUGAAUCAGUUAGAGUCACCAAUAAAAAUUUAUUAUGUUCCUGAAACUGAUCUUACAAAUCUUUUAAUGGAAAAAGUGGCUGCCAAAUUACGCUUGAAGGAACAGGGGCAAUUAUAUGGUGCAUUUCGUGGAUACAUCCCAAUAUCAGAUGAAAAAGAAAUUGAAAACAUUUUAAAGACCGUAUCUUUAGAUGAUGCUGUUAUUGUUUUUCCUGAUUCUUUACGGAACUCAUCAAACAUUUGGCCGGAAAGUCUUAGAUAUACAAUACGGAUGAAAACCAACUUCAUGACACGCAACUAUAAGCCUUGGGAUGGUAAUUUAGGAUCACAUAGAAACUUUGCCACAACUUACAACUCCUUCCUUCGAUUGCAAUGGGCCAUUGAUAGUACUUAUCUCCAGCUGUUAACCGAAAAUGAUAUUGACCUGAGAGUCUCCCUCCAAGAGUUACCAUAUGCUGAAGCUGCAGAGAAUCAGAUUGUGGCGAUUAUCGGACAAAUCCUGGUGUUCCUAAGCUGGUUGUCACUGCAACUGGUUUUUGUAUUUCUAUGUUCGAGGUUGUUAGAAGAACGAACGUCAGGAGUACAAGAGCUGAUAAAGAUGGUAGGGGUGUCAUCAAACAUGCUAAGCCUGUCCCACUUUUUGAACGUGCUUCCUACGGGGAUCAUAUUCAGUGUGGUGAAUUCCGCUCUUUUAACGGCAUCCUCGAACCCACUAUUGCCUCACACAAAUCCACUCAUGAUAGCCAUCAUGUUUCUUCUCUUCUACGUCUCCCUUAUCGGAGUGGCCUUUGCGUUAAGCUAUUUGGUGAAGAAUCCUCAAUACAUAGUGUCCAUUUCCUCUGUGGUGUACAUAGUUUUGACGUUUCCAUCCAAGUGGCUUCUGGAAUUGGCUAUCCCGUGGUGGGCGAUGCCCUUUGCAAUGCUGGUUCCUCACACCCCCAUGUUGACCUUCUGGAAGGAAAUGGUUGCUCUGGAACAGUACGGACAAGGAAUAACAAUAUCGAAUAUGGCCUCUACGCACGGCAAAAACAGUGUAUCAGUACUUGGUUGUUACUUUUUCUUCGUUUUACAGUCGGUUAUUUUUUUCUCUGUCGCACGUUAUCUCUCUCUCGUUAUGCCCGGACCAUAUGGCCAAGCCUUGCCCUGGACUUUCAUUUGUCAGAAAAGUUACUGGAGCAAGACGCAGAUCCGUCCAGAAGACGAAAUAGAGGAGUUGGAGGAGAUGAGACAGGAAGAUGCUAUGUUCUUUGAGCAGCCUCCGAGGAAUGCUGAAGUUGGCAUUAAGAUUGUCAACGUUUCUAAGGUGUUCGAUAAGAAACGCGUGGUAAAUGAUGUCACAAUGGACAUAAUCAAGGGGGAGAUUACAGUGUUGCUAGGUCAUAAUGGCGCAGGGAAAACAACGCUUAUGUCUAUCAUAACUGGCAUGUUAAGCCCAACCGAAGGCAAUGUGUACGUAGAAGGACUGGACACGUACACACAAAGAGAACAAAUGCGACAACACCUCGGCCUUUGUCCGCAACACAACCUCUUCUUCCCGGAUCUUACUGUGCUUGAACAUGUCAUAUUUUUUACCAUGCUCAAAGGCGAAGGCUAUAGAGAGGCAAAAUCCUCAUCAAUAAAGUUGCUGGACCACUUGGGCUUAUCCACCAAACUGAAUGAACCGAGCAGUGCUCUAUCUGGAGGAAUGAAGAGACGGCUCCAGCUGGCGUGUGCUUUAGCUGGAGAUGCGAAGUUGCUGGUGUUAGAUGAACCUACAGCUGGAUUAGAUGUGGAAUCUAGAAGGCAAUUGUGGGAUUUGCUUUCGUCACUACGAGGUUCUCGUACGGUUUUGCUGAGUACGCACUUCAUGGAAGAGGCGGACGCGUUGGGUGACCGCGUCGCCGCAUUGCAGGGCGGGAAACUACGUUGUCACGCAACCCCUAUGUAUCUCAAGAGGGCUUUAGGUACUGGCUACCGCCUAACAUUCACAACUAUCGGACUACCUCGAGAACACGCCAUCACUGAAGUCAUACAAUCACACAUCCCUGAUGCCACACUCAAGGAAACCUCUCUCAACUCGAUCUCAUACAAUCUCCCAGCUAAAGACAGUACGAAAUUUGCUAAAUUAUUCACGGCUUUGGAGAAUAAGAGGGGGCAACUCGGCAUUGAUUCUAUUGGCGUGGGAAAGUCGACUUUGGAGGAAGUUUUUUUAAAAUUGUGCAGUGAUGUUACUACAACGUUUGAUGAUGACGAAGUCGAUUCUGAGAUUCAAGAAGCCGAUUACCAAAAACUAACGGGAAUGAAAUUGUAUUUACGCCAGUUCACUGCGCUGUUCCGCCGUCAAUUGAAGUUCCUUUGGAGCAAGAAGAUAUCUUUUAUUCUACUGCAAAUUAUUCUACCCAUAUUCUUUAUAUGCGGUAUAACGCAUAUGAGUAACAAUGAUAAAACCGUCGAAGAACAGAACCCACCAGCGACUAUGAACCUCGACAUGUAUCAGGAUUUGCCGAAUUCGCGGGUUCUUUAUAAAGUGGACAAGUCUUAUAGCUUACGAAGCCUUAGUGACGCCUAUCCGAAAGUCGACUUUGAAGGAGCAGACGAUGUAGCUGCCAAUAUUUUGCGUAUCAGCAAACGAGACCAGUUGGAUUAUAACAAGUAUAUCGUUGGAUUGGAACUUAAUGAAACCGACGCUAAGAUUUUGUUUACGACUCGUGUACGUCACGCGGCACCCGUAGCCAUGAACGUUCUAACCAAUUUGCUCGCGAGUCAUCUGUUGCCUUGGGGUGAUGGUGUGACCUUGUCCACCAUUAAUUAUCCUCUGGAAGCGCCGCAACUAAGGACUGCGGAGAUUGUCGAACCGAAGGAGAUGGGUAACAUCUUCAUAUGGAGUGCCUUCAUCGUUUUUGUUAUCGCAGCUACAGUUAUGAAUGCGGUGGGCCUCGUAUGCAAAGAGCGAGAAAGUAGUACUCGACACAUACACAUAAUGUCGGGGUGUUCACCUCUGGUCUAUUGGCUCUCGUCGUUAAUAUCGUACGUGACUCUAUACACUCUGGUACUGGUGAUACCUACUUUGGUGGCCUGUGUCGCUCUGGAUCGGGAUGAAACCAUUAACAAUCCGGACUUUCUUGGUACAUUGUUCCUGAUAAUGUUCCUGAGCGUGGUGGCGCUACUGAGUUUUGUCUAUUCCGUGAGCUUUUUCUUCGCAGAGCGCGGAUCCGCCGCCAUUCUUAUCGCGUUUCUGUUUGUUUUUGGUCUCAUCACACCAGCGAUACAGUCUGGAGCUGAAUUCUUUGAAGACUCUAUACCGGGUUAUGCCGACAUCCUCCUAACAUUUGUUGCCUAUACGAUGCCGCCCCAUACGUUUGCAAUGGCAAUAAAGCGGGCCGGCAACAUCGCACGCGUGAACGCGUACUGUGAUCUCAAUAAGGACAAAUGCCCAAGUCUAAUAGUUCCAGAUUCAAAGUUCGAUGUCAAAAAAUGUUGCGAAUUAAACGAAAAGUCGCUGAACUAUUUCUCCUUUGAAGAUACAUCGCCAUUUAUCUUCGUGCUAAUUUUUAUUGGGCAAAUCAUAUUUUAUAUGUCAUUGGUGAUAGCCUUUGAAAAAGGUGUCUUCAUGUGCUGGAUAGAUCGCUUAUUCAAUUCGUCAUACUCUCCAGAAACCAGUACUAAUGUGGACCAAAUGGUUUGCGCUGAAAAGUGCUACGUGAACAAGGCCAUUGAUUUACCAUCCCGAGACAUCCGCGAUGCGAUGUUGGUUGAUGAUAUUCACAAGAAAUAUUUGCAUUUCCCCAAGCCGUGCGUUGCUGUCAAAGGGGUCAGCUUCUCGGUCCAAAAAGGUGAAUGUUUCGGCCUGUUGGGGGUGAACGGUGCGGGAAAAUCAACAACAUUUAAAAUGCUUACCUCAAGCGAAUGUCCCACCAGGGGACGGAUAUUUGGGAACGGAUAUCACAUGGACAAAUCGAGGGCUGAGUACUUACGUUCUUUGGGGUACUGUCCGCAAUUCUUCGGGUUCGACGAGUUUCUGACGGGCCGCGAAAACCUCACGCUGUUGCUAACGCUACAAGGCCGCGAUGAAGAACAUAUACAUGAUGAAGUUGCCUCCUGGAUUGAUACCGUAGGGCUGGAGAAAUAUGCAGACCAGCCAGUCAGUGGGUACUCCGGUGGGUGUGCGCGCCGUCUAUCCACCGCGGCUUCUUUAUGUGGCAACGCCGCCGUGACUCUGUUGGACGAGCCCACUGCGGGAGUGGACGUUGCCGCGAGAAGACGUGUCUGGGCAGCGUUGAGACGCGCAACUGCGGUGCGACGGUCGCUUAUUAUUACUUCGCAUAGUAUGGACGAGAUGGAAGCUCUCUGCAACCGUAUAGCCAUAAUGUCCGCGGGCGAAAUCCGCGUGUUGGGCGAACCGGCCGUACUCAGGGCCAACCACGCCGCGGGACACGCCCUUACACUGAAACUGAUGCCUACUAGCACUACCGACGAAACGGAUGGUUCAAAACCAGAUUUAAUGAGACUAAAAGCAGCUCUACAAGAACGAUUUGACUGUACUCUCAAGGAUGAACACAAGAGUAUGCUCCAAUACCACAUAAAUGAUGAGAUACCGUACAGCGAGCUGUUCUCUGCUCUGGAAAAUCUAAAGCAGCAAAACCCACUGAUAGAGGACUAUUCAGUGACAGAAACAACUCUGGAAGAAGUAUUCCUUUCAUUUGCGCAAGCUAAGCCGGCUCCUGUGCAGGAUUCGCCCGCUUAAAGCACUGAGAUGAUUUUUUUAGACUUGGCAUUGCUGAAUAAAGUCUUUAAUAGAAGGCAAGUUUUUGUGAAAUUUCUGUGAUACAAACUCCCACUGUAGGUGUAGCUCUAUCUGGCUAGUCCAAUAUUACUCUAGUAAUAAUAUACUAAUAAUGGGCUUGAAGUAUGUGUCAAAGGAGAUUGUGCUAGUUAAUGUAUUCUUUCACAAGAAAAUACUAAGCGCUUAAUAAUUGUGAUGUUUGUGAAGCUAAGCAUUAGAUAUAAAAUAAAAAGUCUAAAACAAAAACGUCUUUAAUAGAAAAAUCAUAUUCUAACGUCAAUUAAAAUGUUUUCUUUUAUUGUCCAAAAUAUUGUUUUUUACUAUUUAUACAGGUUUACUUAGUCAUAUGAAUUUCAAUUCGUAUGAAAUUCAAAAAUUAUUUAUAAACAUUGUUACCUAUUAGAAGUGCCUAUUUUUUACAGGGAUUUAAUCUCGAUUGUAAUUUAAAUCUCAUACUAUGUAAUACAAUGGAUUUUUUUAUAAGGCAACAGCUUUGAAAAAUCACCAUAUUAGUUUCUAAAUUAUAGUAUUAUUUAUGUUAUACAAAUAGUUUUUAUUGUUUUAUAUUUUGCUAGACUGAAUACAUGUUAUUAGAAGUCAUCUAUAUUACACUAUUUAUACUAACUUUCAAAAUGUUCAUAUGUUGUUAGAUUACUCACUCGACUUUCUCAUUACUGAAAUUUUCCUUUUUUUUGUAUAAAUUUCUGAUUUGACAUUCAUGUCAAUAGCUACAAUUGUUUGAUCAAGUAACUUAUCUAACAUGAAUCAAAUGGAUGUUUAUAUGUUUAGUUAUUAAGUAUUGAACCACCUUGAUAUUAGCUUUGCACAAAUUUAUUUAUUUUAGAAUAGUAAUAAAGUAAAAAUAUAAACUUUGAUGUUUUUAGAUAUUAGUUGUACUUUUUAAAAUUAGUUUAAAUUAACUGUUAUUUCAUGUAUUACUUAACUUUUUGAUGUAUACUUUUAUACUAGUGUGUACUUACAACUUCUAUGAAAAAUUGAUAUAAUGUUUACAUGAUAAUCAAGCAGAUAAUUCUAUAUAAUCCAUUCUCUACAAUCUCAUGGCAGUUCUUGCACACAAUAAGAAUGAGUGAAUUCUAUUGUGUUAUAUAUUAACUUACCUAUGUAUGAAUAAGACUGUUUAUUCUAAUAAUAAAUGUUUAUGCUUCUUAUAAUGUAUCUCAGUAACAAGGUGUGCCUCAAUUUUUUGAAAAUAAAACAUUCCAUACUAAA